AUGUCACAUACGGGCAAGCCGAACACUCCAGACGAGAAGGACCAGGUGACCACCUCGGUCGUCGACGCAAAGUACGACCACGACGACCUGGACCCGACGAAGCUCGAGCUCGAGCACAUCGUGCACGCGCACGGGCUUUCGGGGGCCGUCACGAACGUCGACGAGCUGAAGCAGGGGUUCUCUAUUCCCUCGCUUAUGGCCGUUGCCCUCGUUCUGGGCGGCGCGUGGGCCGCCGUCAUCCAGACGAUGAGCUCGACGAUCAUCUACGGCGGGGCAAUCGUGCUCAUCUACGGGCUGUGGAUCACGGGUUUCGGCUUCCAGAUGAUCUACCUGUCUCUCGCGGAGAUGGCGUCCGCAUGGCCCACGAGCUCGGGACCGCAAGAAUGGGCUUUCCAGCUGUUCCCCGCCAAGUGGAAGCGUUUCGGGUCGUACGGCGUCGCGUGGACCCUGUGCCUCGUGUACAUCUUCGCCACAAUGAUCUCGACCGUACUCGAGGCGCGCCAGAUCCUCGGACUCGUGGCGUACGCUGUGCCAUCGUACAGCCCGACCAAGGCGCAGGUGUGGGCACUCAACACUGGCCUUUGCAUCUUCAGCGGCGUGAUCAACAUCUUCGGGAUCAAGGCGAUGCACCGGCUCCAGACCUUCAGCCUGGUCUGGUUCUGCGUCGGCUUCCUCAUCUGGCUCAUCGUCCCGGUCGCCGUGUCGCCGACGCACGCGCCGCCAAAGGAGGUGUUCGGCGCCGUGCUCAACGUGUCUGGCUGGAGCGACUUUGUGGCGGUUAUGAUCGCGUGCGGGUCCUUUGGGAUCGGGUACGGCGUGCCAGACGCAGUCACGCAUCUCGCUGAGGAGACGUCGCGGCCGCACAUUGACAUCCCGCGCGCGAUGGUUGCGAGUCCCAUCAUCUCGCUCGUGACCGCGACCGCCACAUCCAUCUCGAUCCUCUUCUGCGGCGUCGACCUCCUCGCCAUGGCGACCACCGAGACUGGCGUCCCAUACCUCUACUUCCUGGACCACACGCUUCGCUCACGUCCGGGCGUGAUCUGCCUCAGCGUCAUCAUCCUCUACUCGCAGUUCAUGGCCAUCUUCGAGUGCCAGCUCACGAGCUCGCGGUCGAUCUUUGCGUUCGCGCGUGAAGGCGGAGCGUUCGCCCCGAAAUACCUCGGAGCAGUGCACCACAAGCUCCAGGUGCCGGUCUGGGCGGUCCUGUUCAACGUCGUCUUCUGCUCGCUCUUCACGCUCAUUCUGCUCGGGUCGGACACGGCGCUCAACUCGCUGUUCAACUCUGCUGCGGGGCUUAUCGCGGCCGCGUAUCUCCCCCUCAUCGGGAUGCACUUGCUCAACAAGCGCCACCUCGAGAACCCCGGCCCCAUGCGCUUCGGCCGCAUCGGAUGGUUCUACAAUGCUUCGGCGGUCGCCUAUCUGUCCUUCACUCUCAUCUUCUAUCACUUCCCCUACUCGUACCCCUUCGACAAGGACUCGUUCAAUUACAACAUUGCGAUUGUGCCCGGGCUACUCGGCCUCGGAGUGCUGGCGUGGUUCACCACGGGCCACAAGUCGUAUAUUCUCAACCGCAACAUCGAGUAG